CCGGCAAGUGUUGUGUUUUGAAAAACUUUCACAGUCGUCGAUUUCUUCCUCUCUCCCUCCAAAAUUCACUCUCUAACUCGUUUUCCGACAGGGUUAGGGUUUUGCUAUUCAAUUGCUCCGAAGAUUGGAUUUGUUUGAGAAGAAGACCUAAGGAAGAGAAAUCUUCGAUGGCUAGAGCGAGAAGCCGGAGCAGAAGCUAUAGUCCCCGUCCUCGUGACAGGUCACCACCUCGCGAACGGAAAGGCUACGACGAUAAUCGCCUCCGCGAACGUCCGUCUUCUCGUGAUCACGAAUCCUCUGGUCCUUCUGGUUUGCUUAUCCGUAAUCUCCCUCUCGAUGCUAGGCCGAACGAUCUUAGGGAUUCGUUUGAACGGUUUGGUCCACUCAAGGACAUAUACCUGCCUAGGAAUUAUUAUACUGGGGAGCCGAGAGGGUUUGGAUUUGUUAAGUAUCGUUAUGCUGAAGAUGCAGCUGAGGCAAUGAAACGAAUGAAUCACAAAGUUAUUGGUGGGCGUGAGAUAGCCAUUGUUUUCGCUGAGGAGAACCGGAAAACUCCACAAGAAAUGCGUACUACUAACGGUACAAGUGGUCGACACGGGGACUACAAGAGGACUUCACACAGAUCACCAAGGCGCAGAUAUCGUUCUCAUUCACGUUCGCGUUCGCCUCCAAGGCGAGAGUCAAGGCAUAGUAAAGUAAGAGAGGAUGAUUUGUACUCUCCUCGAAGAAGGUCAAGAUCUAUUUCACGUUCUCCUUUGCCUCGAAAUGAGAGGGAAUACAAGUCUAGAAACUGUAGAAGUCCUAGAGAGGAGAGGGUGCUUACUCCAAUCAGGUCUCGAUGUCUGUCAAGGUCCCGUUCUCGAUCCUUAAGUCGUUGAUAAAUAAGAAGAAGGAAUGGCUUUCUAUAAUACUAUUUUGGCUUUGAAGUAGGCAACUUCCUUAGUGAAACAUAAGAGGAAUCUGAAGUUUUACUAUAAAUAUUUUUGCUCUUUUUGUUUUGUUUGUUUGUUUCAUUUUAGAUAACCCAACUUAAGUUCCAUUCUCUGUUUUGUAACAAACCUUCAAUGUUUCACCAAUAUCCACAAGCAUAACCACAAGAUCAUAGCAAGACAUCCUAGCUGUUGGAUAUGGUUCUCUAACAGUUUUUAGUCACAAAAUU